CUGAUGUAAACAGGAAGAGUUUGAGACAAAUUAGUGUAGAGAUUUUCAGCUGACUAGCGCACUAGCUAAUGGAGUUUGUCGCUAGAAUUAAACACAAGGGGCCUUAACAACCCGUGGUAUCAGCUAUACAUGUGAACAAGAUGGACGACAUCAAUUUACACUACAGGAUCCUGAACUGGAGGCGACGGAUUCGAGAAAUAAGGGAAGUACGUGCCGUGCGUUACCAGGAGCGCUACAAACGCAUGGUGAAGGACGGAGACACUUUGAGUUACCAAGGGAACUCUGAUGAAGUUGGCUGCUAUGUGGCUCCGCGACCUUUAUCAAAGGGAAACUGUUACUUUGAGGUGACCAUAAUGGACACGGGGGUCAGAGGGACCAUCGCCGUGGGUCUGGUUCCUCAGUUCUACAAGCUGGAUCAUCAGCCCGGCUGGCUGCCUCACUCCAUCGCGUACCAUGCUGACGAUGGGAAACUGUAUAACGGCAACCCCGUCGGCCAGCAGUUCGGCCCCAAGUGUAACCGUGGCGAUCGGAUAGGCUGCGGGAUCUACGCAGACACUUUCAACGCCGGACUCACCACCGUGUUUUUCACCAAGAACGGCAAAGAGGUGGGUUCGGUGGUGGUGCCGGUGGCUCCAGGCGGCCUUUUCCCUGCCAUCGGUAUGCACUCUCUGGGGGAGGAGGUGCGUCUGAACCUGCAGGCCGAGUGGGGCACGGACGAAGAGGACAGCAUCAUGAUGGUGGACAGCCACGAGGACGAAUGGGGACGACUGUAUGACAUCCGAGUCUGCGGAACGCUGCUGGAGUAUGUAGGAAAGGGAAAGAGCAUCAUGGACGUUGGACUUGCUCAAGCUCGCCAGCCUCUCUGUACACGGAGCCACUACUUCGAGGUAGAGAUCGUGGACCCUGGAGAGAAGUGCUACAUUGCACUGGGCCUCGCUCGAAGAGACUACCCUAAGAACAGACAUCCAGGCUGGAGUCGUGGCUCAGUAGCGUAUCACGCAGAUGAUGGGAAGAUCUUCCACGGCAGCGGGGUUGGAGAUCCGUUCGGUCCACGCUGCUUUGAAGGGGACAUCAUGGGGUGUGGAAUCAUGUUCCCUCGUGAUUACGAAGACGAGGUCGAUGAAGGAGAGGACCUAGCCGAGAAUCCCAAAGAAAACCACAUUCAGAACGUACUGUACCAAAACGACGAGGACGAGGAGGACGAAGGAGACGACGCCGAGCAAGAGCAGGAAGGCAGAAAGGUUAUGGUGUUCUUCACCCGCAACGGGAAGAUCAUCGGGAGGAGAGAGGUGGUGGUGCCGGCCGGGGGAUUCUACCCUACCGUGGGCAUGCUGAGCAGUGGCGAGAAGGUGAAAGUGGACCUCCACCCUCUCAGCGGCUGAGAGACGGAGACGGAAACUACAUCCAAUCAACAGUUCAUCUGUUCAACUGUGAGCCUGUAGCAUCAUGAACGGUCGAAAAGGGAAUCAGGGAACAUCGUGUCUACAAACUGAUAUAUUUUUGUAUUAUUUAUGGGUGUGUACACUGUGGAAGUAGGUUUUUUUUUUCAUAUUCAUUGCCAUGGAACCAAAAACAGAGCAUGAUUUUCACUCAGGCUGGAAUAACGAUGCAUAUCUUAGUAUCUUUAGGUCGUUCUGUCAUUCAGGGGCCGAGAUGUAUUCUGAAUUCUCUUUAUACGCAUUCGCCGAUGGUUCCGUGUGUAUCCAUUUGGAGCAGCAGUAUUCAGAGUUGAGCUGUGUGUCUGUGUGUGUCUGUGGGGAGUGUGUGUGUGGGGAGUGUGUGUGUGUGUGUGUGGGGAGUGUGUGUGUGUGUGUGUGGGGAGUGUGUGUGUGUGUGUGUGGGGAGUGUGUGUGUGUGUGGGGAGUGUGUGUGUGUGUGUGGGGAGUGUGUGUGUGUGUGUGGGGAGUGUGUGUGUGUGUGGGGAGUGUGUGUGUGUGUGGGGAGUGUGUGUGUGUGUGGGGAGUGUGUGUGUGUGGGGAGUGUGUGUGUGGGGAGUGUGUGUGUGGGGAGUGUGUGGUAAGAAAUGAAUAUGGAAUCUGUGUACACUCAGAUAGGGACAUGGACUUAAGGGCUACUCAGACGGUUACAGUAUUCUGUAUUAGCAGCUAUUCACACUUUGUACUCCAGUUUUUCUUUUUGUCAGUAAUUUCAUAUUGGCAAUAAUUUAUCCAUACUUUUGAGUGAGAUAUAAAAAAAAGGAACCUGCAGAAUGUCAAUUGACGCUAAUAUUCAGUGUCUAAAUAUAUGACCUCGUAAAAUGACUCCUAAUUACAGAUCGAUUCCCAAAUACUUCUCAGAUCGAUUCCCAAAUACUUCUCAAAUCGAUUCCCAAAUACUUCUCAAAUCGAUUCCCAAAUACUUCUCAAAUCAGGGGUGGACAAUUUAGAAAUCAUAUAUUUAUUAGAUAGGAAGUCAAAUCUCUGAAAGUGCUUAUCAAUUUAAAUAGAUAAGGCUAAAAAGUAGCAAGCCAGGUCAGCUAGAGAAGUGGAUUAAUACAGAGGCAAACGAGUGGGAAAUUCUCCGCUUAGAGAAUCAUGGCACAUUGGUUGGAAAAAAGAAAGAAAGAAAAAAAAAAAAAAGUCACACUUUUUUUCACACCAUACAAAGAAAUAUUAUUCAGGUCUGGUUAUAAUCGAAAUUUGUUUGAUUGAUUGCACUUAUUUUUUUUUUUGCUCAGUUGAGAAACGCUUAAAAGCUGUGUAGCUUGUAAACCCAGCUAGUUUAACACAAACUAAUCCACUAACUCAAAAAGAAAAAUAUUCUAUCUAAUAUUGUAUCUUACUUUGCCUCGGUUUUAUCAGACCUUCAUGCAUCUGAUUCAGAAAAGGUCCAAGCUACUGUUUAGUCCACCCCUGGUUAUUAUUUUUAUAUUAUUUCACUCUAGAUAAACGUACGUCUCGGCCGGUACUCCUCCAUCUCAAGCCAUCUCUAAUGCAUACAGUCAGGGAUCCAAGCCAUUCUUCUUCCUCUCUACUUUCAUGAACAGAAGAGAUAUUUAACGGCUGUUGAUCUGCGAUGCAGAACGAAUGCUGAAGAGCGAGGUGGAGAAGGACAGCUUGUGAACGUGAUCGUCGUGACAAUCAACAAUACCUUCAGCUUCUAUUAGAUCCUAUACAUCUUAUUUUUAUAUCAUUAUAUAUUACUAGAACCUACUAACUUCUUAUCCUGGGAAAGAAAAAAAAAUCCCCGAAUCCGAUCGCGUCGCGUGAAAAACAAAAAAAAUUCAAACGUUUUAAAGAAUCAGAAGAGAAGAAGAGAUCGUUACGUAAUCACAAAGUAUUUUAUUUUAUAUAGAUUUUUGUUGCACGAUCACAAAGUGGCCGCUUAAUUCAGCAACUCUGAAUACAGCGAAAGUGAAAGAAAGCUCUUAUUAGAAUUUCAUUAAGAUGCAUAGAUCAUCUGUAGCUAUAUACAGUAUAUAUCUAUAUCUAUAUAUUUUUUAAAAAGCUUGUAUAUAAUGUACAGUUGUAUAUACUAUAUAUCACCGGCUGUACGGAUGCCACAAGAUGUGACAAAGAAUCACUUCAGGAAAAUGAAUGAAUGAGUGAUGGAGUGAACGGAAGGAGUGAAGAGACCCGAGAGGAAGUCACUUCCCUCAGCAUCAUCCUCACAGUCCUGCACUUUUAUAUCUUCCCUAACAAUCUUAAAGCUGGUGACAUUUGACAUGGUUUUGUCUUUUUUUUUUUUUUUUUUUUCUAGUCAACUGACCUUCAGAAAGAAAGUAUGACUUUGUUAUCGCUGCCUCGUAUAAACGAGACCUUGAAAUGUCACGAGGUAAUCGCAUCCUCGGCAGCGACGGAGAGGUCAGACACGUAGUCUGCCGUGACGUCCGCUUUUCUGAGGCGCUAAAUGCAACCCGGGGUAAAGAAAAUGUAGAAAUAAACGAGGUUGGUUUCUUUAUACCGUGUGUGUGUGUGUGUGUACUGUACGUAUGCGAACGACUCUUAGGUGGAACUCUUUUUGACUCGCACCCGUUCGAGGGAAACUUUUCCGAGGCACGUUUCAGUUUCCUGCACUUCUGUACUGGGAUGCUUUAUUCCUGAUCGUGUGAUAAAGACAGGGAUAAAAUAAAUCCAGUCCAGGUUUUACCACUUCAUGAAUCUUCUGGCUUUAACCCUUGUAUGGUGUUCGGGUCUGUGGGACCCAUAUUCAUAAACAUUAAUAUUUUUGAAAAACUUUGCUUCCUUGUAAAUUUGUUGAUUUUUUUUCCACUCAUAACUUGAUUAAAUUAGAUUUUUUUUAUUACAUUUUAUUAAAAAAACAAACAAAAAAACGAGUAGCACUUUAAUUAGCAAAUAUUAACCACAUAUCGUCGCUGUCGGGCGGAAACCUCGUAUGUCCAAAUUUGGUCAAUUUCAUAUUUUUUCACAUAUCGAUGCUAUUGGUCAGUCCCCACGUGGGUCUGUUAUUUUUACAAGUUAUUAACCAAUCUAAGGUCUUGAAAAUAUCUUGAGCACAAAUCUCAUAACUCCAUUGGACACUUCAACUGUCCACCUCUUCCUCACUCCGCGGGAGAGCUUCACGUCAUAUUUCUCCUUAAUAAGAGUCACAACGAAUCAACACGUCUUCUGAGGUAAAUGUCUUCAAAACACUGGGCUCAAAGAAAAAAAAAUCUUGACCCCCGCUAGUUCUGGUGCUCGUCUGAGGACAGGAAAUUAGGGCAAGACAAUCCACUGUAACGCGGACUAAACCCUGUGUACUGCAGAUAAGGUACAGCGUUUUUUUAAUUUCCUGAAAAAUAACGGUUUUGGAGAUACGAGGAUUCCGUCUGACAGCGACGAUAUGCUGUUUAUAUUCCUUGUCAUUGGGAUGAAGUAUUUUAUUGAAGUAUUGUAGAGUAUUUUUGAUUGUGUUGAAUUAAGAACCCAAAAAUCCAGACCCACUGGCUGAGUAACAAAAAUACGAACACUAUACGAGGGUUAAGCGUAAUCUAUAGGACAAAAAUAAUAUGCAAAUUAUAAGCACUGGAUCAAGUGCUAUUUUAUAAGCUGCUGAAUAAGGAAGCCGGAUGACAUUUGGAUCGUUACACGCAGUAUACAGUGUUCAGUGUGCAGGAGAUCUCGUAUCAUCUGAUCAGGAAACCCACUUAAAGUCCACUUAAAUCCUGAAGUCUUAAUUAACACGGCAUGAACUCUGAAUAUGCAGUUUCAAGUAAAAGUCAUAACUUAAGUCUCAGGUUGUAUUUGUCACUCGGUUGUGUUGAAAGCGGUUUUUUUUCCUUUCUUUCUUUCUUCUGGAUGCCAUCACUUUCAUACUAAAAGAAAAAAAAAUCCAAAAUGAAGAUCUAUGAAGUCUUUGUCAGUGUGAUUUAACCCAGUGAGCUAAUUCACAAAAGUCCUGAGCACUUUACAGCAGCAGUUUGUACAGCAGAGAGAGAGAGAGAGACACUCCAGCUGUCUUGGACCAAUCUGCAAACUUAAUACAGUAAUUGUUUUUGUCUUGUUUUUUUUUUUCUCCCCCUUACAUUAGUUUAUGCCAAAGCUGUCAUUCUGGAUCCUUCAGACUGUUGCGCUAAAAGGGAAGGCGGUUAAUCACGUUACAUAUCUGUUGAAUGAUGACAUUAAACCACAUUUGCUUCACUUUAAA